GCGCCUGCGCGGUGAUGGCGGCGGGGAGCGGGGCGCCGGCCGAGUCCUGCGUGGGGCAGGUGGUGCUCCCCGGGGACGUGCUGCUCCUCCCCGCGCACCCCGAGGAUGACGGCGAGCGGCUGCGGCUGGGGGGCGGCUCGGCCCCGCGGGGACGGCUGCUGUGCGGGCCGGGCCUGCGGCGGUGCCCUACCGGGCUGCUGGUGACCAAGUGCGGCCUGCUGAGGCAUCGCCCAGCCGGCGGCGGAGCGGCGGGGGCGGCGAGCGGCGCUUACUGGGUGGACUCGCAGCAGAAGCGGUACGUACCGGUGAAGGGCGACCAUGUCAUAGGAAUCGUGACGGCCAAAGCGGGAGACGUGUUUAAGCUGGACGUGGGUGGGAGCGAGCAGGCGUCUCUCUCCUACUUGGCCUUUGAAGGGGCCACCAAGAGGAACAGGCCAAAUGUGCAGGUGGGAGAUCUUAUUUAUGGUCAGUUCCUUGUAGCAAAUAAAGACAUGGAACCAGAGAUGGUCUGUAUAGACAGCAGUGGAAGAUCAAGUGGAAUGGGACUAAUUGGACAAGACGGCUUCCUCUUUAAAGUUUCCUUAGGUCUAAUAAGAAAACUCUUGGCUCCCAAAUGCGAAAUAAUUCAAGAGUUGUCACAAUUGUACCCAUUUGAGCUGGUGCUGGGAAUGAAUGGAAGAAUAUGGGUAAAAGCAAAAACAGUUCAACAGACUUUAAUUAUAGUAAAUAUUCUGGAGGCCUGUGAGUAUAUGACGGCAGAACAGAGAAAACAAGCGCUUGCCAAAUUGUCAGGGAAUUGAUAACAGAAAACCUUGAGGAUCUGAGGUGACUGUUGGGUGCUUGGUUACUUUUGUAUUCAGAUUUAUAUUAAAAGCCCUUUUUUUAAUGAA